GUAUGUGUGUGUGUGUGUGCGUAUGUAUGUGUGUCGCGUGUGCGUCUGUCGAAUUUGUUUUGGCAAUGUCGCGCUUACGUCUAUCCCGUUCCCCUUCCUCGUUUUUUUUUUCAUUUCCAUUUAUCUAUAUCGUCAUCGUUUGUCGUCGCGUGUGUGUAUGUGUGCGCUUGUGUGCGUGGGUGCAUGUGUGCGUGUGUUUGGGCAUCAAGAGAAAAGAUUCCGCUGCCAGCGGACGGUCCACCACGUUGUACCCGCGCCUUCGAUCCGUCUUCCGCCUCGUGCAACGACGAAUAUGCGGCUCAUACGCGACCCGCGUCGGGACCAUCGUCGAAAAUAUCCACGAGCAUCGUGACACCUGGGCCCGGCGAUGUUCGGAAGAUGACGUGGUGUCGGUCGCGGCGUAAGAUGUCAAGCGUCAAAAUGGGCUGUUUCGGGAGCAAGGACAAGCUGAGCAAAGAGGACAUGGACUUCCUCAAAUCGCACACGCGAUACGACGAAGCCACCAUAAAGGAAUGGUACAAAGGCUUUAAACAAGACUGCCCUAACGGCAGGUUAACGCCGGCGAAGUUCGUCGACAUGUACAAAAUGUUCUUCCCGUCCGGCAACGCGGAGGAAUUCUGCGACCACGUUUUCCGCACAUUCGACAUGGACAAAAACGGCUACAUCGAUUUUAAGGAAUUCCUGCUGGCGAUCGACGUUACGUCGAGCGGUACGCCGGAGGAGAAGCUGAAAUGGGCGUUCCGUAUGUACGACGUUGACGGUAACGGCGUUAUCGAUAUGCAAGAAAUGACGAAGAUCGUUCAGGCGAUAUACGACAUGCUCGGCGCGUGUUCAAGCAACAGGCCGGCGGACAGCGCGGAGGAGAGGGCGAAGAAUAUAUUCGCGAAGAUGGACGAGAACAACGACGGGCAGCUGACGCAGGACGAGUUCCUGAAGGGUUGCCUUCAGGACGAGGAGCUGUCGAAGAUGCUCGCUCCUUAAUCCCGACGCCGCGUAUCCGCACGAGCCGUCGACGCGCGAACAUGAGAAACAAAAAGGAAACAAUAAGACACCACACCGCUCUCUCACGACUUUCUCAGAAGAAUUCCGGAAACGGAACAGUCAAUGCCAGCAACGACGAGCCACCACCGAAAUUGACGCUCGCAUAUACACGCGCACACACAGACCACACGUCAUUGCCCACAUAUACACACGUACACGAUAAUUUUCUAUUAACUACGACGUACGUUAUCGUUGUGGCGGCUCGACAACGAGCCCGUCGCUCGUGCCGGACGAUGAAGCACGAGCGACCAGAAAUGGAGGAGGAGGAAAAGGAGGAAGCCGAUAUCAAGGUUGAUCGAGAAUGAUCGAGAAUGAUGGAGGAUAAGCGAUAAACGUAGAGAGAUUGAGAGAGGGAGAGAGAGAAAUAUAUAUAUAUAUAUAGAGAGAGAGAGAGAGGAGUUUUCCGACAUCGGAAUCGCGCGUCCGCAGGACGACACAACGACAACGCCGAUGAUUGGUCUCUCGGAGCAGCAGGAAGUCUCGCGAAAAACGCAGGACGACGCCAGGAGACGACAACGACGGGGGAUCCGAAUUAGGCCACUUCACCUUCACGGAAGACCCCCGUGGUCGUAUUCACGAGUUCGUCACCUUGAUACAACCGCAGCGGGACGUCCGCACACGUCGUCCACGUCCAAGAGGAGUUUCCUCCGGACUAGUGUCGGUGGAAUUAACGGGGGCGGGAAUCUUCACAGGGGCGAAGCGACAACGUCGUCGAGAAGAGAGACGGGGAGAGAGCGGCGGCGGCUUUCGAAGCCUGUGCUCACACCGACAAUUUGGCUCGGCUAAUCCUGGACAAACGACCCGCCCGGGGUUCGCUCCUUUUCGGAUUACAGUUUCGCCUAAUAACGUGGCCACGGGUCACAAGGAAAAUUUCGUUAAUCCUCUGAUGCGCUUUAGAGAACCUAAAGACUUUGCACAUCGUAUAUUGUUCUCGUGGCGNCGGGUACGG